GUCCAGUCGGACCCAGCCUGCACCUCCCUACAAGGCCGUGGUAACGUUGCAUUUGGCGUGCAGUGGACGUCCAAGCUGUGACUUGAGAAAGAAAUCAUCAUGGCGGGGGAGCGGUGUCUUCUCCUUGUUCUCAUGGGGGCCAUGUGUUUCCAUGGCAACGCUGCACAGAGGACAGUAUGCACUCAAGAAGCCGUGGCUGACCUGGUCUUCAUGGUGGACGGGUCAUGGAGCAUCGGCGCGGAGAAUUUUGAGCGCAUCCGCCAGUUUUUGUCCACGCUGGUCAACAGCUUCGACGUGGGUCCAGACCGGGUCCGCAUGGCUCUGGUCCAGUACAGCACGACACCAAGAACCGAGUUCCUGCUCAACACCUUCCAGAAGAAGGCCGAAAUCCUCCAGUAUGUCAGCACGCUGCCCUACAUGGGGGGCGGUACCCACACGGGUCAAGGCCUGGAUUUUAUGCUGAGUAAGCAUUUUGUGGAAGAGGCCGGGAGCAGGGCGAACCAGAACGUGGCCCAGAUCGCCGUGGUCAUCACGGACGGAAAAUCUCAAGAUGACGUGGAGUCUCACGCCGCGGAGCUGAAGAGGAAAGGAAUUGUCUUGUACGCCAUCGGGAUUAAAGACGCGGAUGAAGAUCAGCUGAGGGAGAUCGCCAGUGAACCGCAUAGUCAGCACGUCUACAGCGUGUCCGACUUUGCCGCGCUGCAGGGAAUUUCUCAGAGCAUCGCCCAAACCUUGUGCACGACCGUGGAGGAGGUCAAACGACAACUUCUGCAAGUGUCUCAAGAAUGUGCCAAAGCCACCGUAGCCGAUGUGGUCUUCCUGGUGGAUGGCUCUUCCAGCAUCGGCAUUUCCAAUUUCCAGGAGGUCAGAGGCUUUCUCCGAAGCGUGGUGUCCGGUUUCGACGUCGGUCCUGACAAGGUCCGCGUGGGUUUGGCGCAAUACGCCAAUGAACCUUUUCAAGAGUUCUUGUUGAAAGAUCACAUGGACAAGAAGUCUCUGCUGGCCGCACUGGACAAGUUCCCCUACCGAGCGGGAGGCACGGAGACGGGCAAGGCCAUCGACUUCAUACGGACGCAGUUCUUCACGGAAGGCGCCGGAAGCCGAAUGAACCAGAGGGUGCCUCAGAUCGCUGUGGUCAUCACGGACGGAGACUCCGCCGAUGACGUAGUGGAGGCGUCACGGCGCCUCAGACAACACGGGGUCAUCGUCUACGCUAUCGGAGUGGGACAAGCCAACAUGGUCGAGUUGGAGGCCAUCGCCAACCGACCGUCGGACAACUUCCGUUUCUUCAUCGACAGUUUCCAAGCUCUUCAGAAACUGAGCGACGGUCUGCUGCAAACCGUGUGUACGUCCAUGGAGAACCAGAGGCAAGCUUUAUCCGAAAGGUUUGCAGACAUCUUCAUCCUGGUGGAUGGCGGCUUGAGUCAAGCCGAGUUCCAGCAGGUCCGAAGCCUCCUGAUCCGACUGACCAACCAACUGACCUUCGGGCUCUCAGCACACCGCCUCGGCGUGGCUGAGUACGGUCAAGACACCAAGGUGGAAUUUCGUCUGAAUACUCACCAGACCAACGAAGAGACCAGCGCCGCCAUCCGCCGCUUCCGGCUGCGUAAACUACAGCCCAACGAGCCACGCAACUUAGGUGCAGCCUUGGAGUAUGCCCGCUCAAACUUUUUCACCAGCCAGGCGGGAAGCCGGGCAGACCAGGGUGUCCGACAGUUCCUGGUUGUUCUAAGUGGGAAAGAUUCCGACGAUGACGUCGACAAGCAGUCCCGCUUACUCAAAGCCCAAGGCGUCAAAGUGGUGGGUCUAAGUCUCGGUGCAUCCAUACCACAGAUGCGGGUGGUAGCCUCCAGUCCUUCCAUCGUCUACCAGUCCACCGUCAACGUCCUUCCUUCUCUGAAAGCUACUUUUGAAGACCAGGAACUGCCGGCCAAUCUUACUGGAGAAUGUAAAGGAGCCAAACUGGCAGACAUCGUGUUCAUCAUCGAUGAGUCCGGAAGCAUCGGAACCCCAAACUUCCAGCUGGUACGCACGUUCCUGCACUCGGUUGUUAGCGGGCUGGACGUGGCUCCAACCAAGGUGCGAGUGGGCAUUGUGAUGUACAGUGACAAAGCAAAAGCGCAAGUCUACCUCAACACCUUUGACGACAAGAGCGAGUUACUUAGUUUCAUCAAAAUAAUGCCAUACCACGGCGGCGGCACUAAUACGGGAGUCGCCCUCAAUUUCACGCGGGAGCACGUGUUCACCAAAGAACGAGGCAGCCGGAAGGACAAGGGCAUCCAGCAGGUGGCGGUGGUGAUCACCGACGGGAAAUCCCAAGACGAUGUGAGCAACGCUGCCGUGGCCCUCCGUCGGGCGGGCGUCAAGAUCUACACGGUGGGCGUCAAGAACGCCAACCACGCCCAGCUGGUGAAGAUGGCGUCCCACCCGCCGAGCAAGCACAUUUUCACCGUGGACAGUUUCUCCAAACUCCAAGCGCUGGAGCAGAAGCUGCAGAACAUCGUUUGCCAUAACAUUCUGCGGCAAGCGGUCAGCGUCAAUAUGAGAAGAAGUAGCAUCAAGGAAGGCUGCUUGCAAACUGAUGAAGCGGACAUCUUCUUCCUGAUAGAUCACUCUGGCAGUAUCUACCCCACCGACUUUUAUGACAUGAAAAAGUUCAUCAUCGAGUUUAUUAGUACCUUCCGCAUCGGGCCUCAGCACGUUCGCUUGGGCGUCGCCAAGUACGCAGAUGCGCCAAACUUGGAAUUUGAUCUGACAGCCUACACGGACGCCAAAAGCCUGGAGAAGGCGGUGGAGGGAAUCGUGCAGGUGGGGGGCGGGACGGAAACAGGAAGGGCGCUGGAGUUCAUGGGCCCGCAGUUUGAUCGCGCCGUGGCCACUCGUGGUCAGAAGGUGCCGGAAUACCUCGUGGUCAUCACUGACGGGAAAUCCACAGAUCAGGUCAAAGGGCCCGCUGAGAAGCUACGAGCUCAGGGUGUCAUCAUCUACGCCAUCGGAGUGAAGAACGCUGACAUGGCUGAGCUUCGGGAGAUAUCCGGUGACUCCAAGAAGACGUUCUUUGUCAAUAAUUUUGAUGCUCUGAACCCCAUCAAGGAUGACAUCAUCACUGACAUCUGCACCACAGAUGUUUGUAAAGAUGUACCCGGAGACCUCCUGUUCUUGGUUGACAGCUCCGGGAGCAUUUAUCCACAGGACUACGAAAAAAUGAAGGACUUCAUGAAAUCGGUCGUCGGCAAGUCCAAUAUCGGGCAGAGCGACGUCCACGUGGGCGUCAUGCAAUUCAGCACCAUCCAGCAGCUGGUGUUCCCCCUCAACCGCCAUUUCACCAAAGACCAAAUGCUGCAAGCCAUCGACGGCAUGCAACAGAUUGGAGGAGGGACGAACACGGGAGAAGCUAUCGCGGCUUUAUCGCCGUACUUUGACGCGUCCCAAGGCGGGCGCCCCGGUGUGAGGCAAAGGAUGGUGGUGGUAACCGAUGGAGAAUCUCAAGAUAAUGUCAAAAUUCCCGCUGCGGCCCUGAGGCGCAAGGGUGUGGUGGCCUACGCCAUCGGGGUGAUGGAUGCCAACACCACCCAGCUGCUGGAGAUCACCGGAUCACCGGAACGAGUCUUUGCUGAGAGGGACUUUGAUGCCCUGAAGGACUUGGAGAGCCAAGUGGCUAUGGAGAUCUGUGAUCCAGAUCGAGAAUGCAAGAAGACCGAGAAGGCGGACAUCAUCUUCCUGGUGGACGGCUCUACGAGCAUCACCUUGGACAAGUUCCAAAGCAUGCAGAAGUUCAUGUCAUCCAUGGUCAGCCAAACGACGGUCGGAAAAGACCUCACCCGCUUUGGAGUCAUUCUGUUCUCAUCCGAACCCAAAUCAGUUUUUACUCUCAACCAAUAUGAGUCCAAGCGAGAUGUUCUAAAAGCAAUAUCAGCUCUCAAAUCUCCGUAUGGGGACACCUACACAGGAAAGGCCUUGGAAUACGCCUUGCCCUUCUUCAACACCGACAACGGCGGUCGGGCAGCGCUCAACGUGCCUCAGAUUCUGAUGGUCAUCACAGACGGCGACGCCACCGAUCAGAACAAUCUGCGUCAACCUUCCGUCGCGCUGCGAGACAAAGGCAUCACCGUCUUCAGUAUCGGAGUGGAAGGCGCCAUCAGGGACCAGUUGGAGAUCAUGGCGAAUCAUGACUCAAGCCGAGUUUUCUACGUGGACAAUUUUGCCGCGCUGGAAACUUUGCACAAGAACAUCACCUUUGUUCUCUGCAACUCCACAAAACCAGCCUGCGAGAAGCAGAAAGCCGAUCUGAUCUUCUUGCUCGAUCAGUCGGGCAGCAUCAGCCAGCGGGACUACACCAUCAUGAAGAACUUUACCACGCAGCUGGUGGGCAGCUUCAAAGUCAGCCAGGAUUUAGUACGCGUCGGACUGGCCCAAUUCAGUGACAUUUUCCAACACGAGUUCUACCUGAACCAAUUCUUCACUCACGAGUCGGUGAUCAAGCGCAUCAUGGCCCUGAACCAGCGCGGCGGCGGCACCCUGAUCGGGCUCGCCCUGGAUGCCAUCAGGAGUCACUUUGAGGAAUCCAACGGUUGCCGCAGGUCGGCCGGCGUCUCUCAAAACCUGGUGCUGAUUACAGACGGCGAAUCCCAGGAUGAAGUGCAGGACGCCGCCGACCACCUCAGGACUCUCGGGGUGGAGGUGUUUGCCAUUGGCGUGGGUGGCGCGCACGACCUGCAGCUCCUGCAGAUCACAGGCAGACACGACAGACUCUUUACCGUCGAGAACUUUGACAGUUUGGACAAGAUCAGGCUAAAGUUGGUCGACACCAUCUGUAAAUCCAAGCCUAUCGAAGAGCAGACAAGCUGCAGUGUGGACAUCGCCAUGGGCUUCGACAUUUCUCAAAGAAGCGGACUCGCCGGCGAGAUGUUGGUCAGCGGCCAUAACAAGCUCAGGACUUUCUUGCCCGAGAUUGUCCAUUACGCCUCCACCAUCCAGGGGCUGUGCUGCAUUGGGCCCGACCCGAUCAAGACCAAAAUCGGUUACAGGGUGGUGGGCCAGGACGGACGAUCUCUUUACGACUUCAAGUUCAAACCCUAUGACCCCAAUGAUGACGUGGUGACCAAGGUCAUGACUUUGAAUUUGAACGUUCCCACUCGGCUCAACAGCGCCAUGCUCAGGUCCUUCGGGCAGAAAUUUAAGGAGGACUCCCGUGGGGGCGUGAAGGUUCUGGUCAUCUUCUCAGACGGACUCGAUGAAGACGUAGUGACGUUGGAGUACGAAUCAGAACUGCUGCAAAAGUCUGGUGUGGACGCGCUGCUGAUGGUGGGCCUGCAGGGGGCGCCGGACCUGGCACAGCUUCAGAUGUUGGAGUUCGGCCGAGGGUUCGGUUACAAAGUCCCGCUCAGUAUCGGCAUGCAGAGCGUGGGCAGCACAGUACUCAAGCAGCUUGACACUGUGUCCAACCGCGAGUGCUGCAACGUCAUGUGCAAAUGUUCAGGACACGAAGGCAUCCGCGGAUCUCGGGGUUCCCUGGGGUCAAAGGGUCGCUCAGGGCUAGUGGGUUACCCCGGCUUCCCAGGAGAGGAGGGCGUUCCCGGUGAGCGUGGCAGUCCUGGACCCAGUGGACCUCAGGGUGUUCAGGGCUGUGCUGGAGUCCGAGGAUCAAAGGGGUACCGAGGCCUGCGAGGUAAUCGGGGGGAGGACGGAGAAGUCGGACUGGACGGCGUCAACGGAGACCAGGGCGUGUCAGGACAAGAUGGUAGUCGAGGAGAGCGAGGACAUCCCGGAAAUCCGGGUAUUCCCGGUAUCCGAGGGGAGGCGGGGCUCAAGGGACAGCGAGGCUUGAGAGGAGAUCCGGGAGAACCAGGACGGGACAACACCGUGCGGGGACCCAAGGGAGACGUCGGAAAUCCCGGAUUACCUGGAGAACCAGGACAAGACGGGAGGGCCGGAGAUGCUGGAGGUCCUGGGAAUGCCGGUCCCGACGGAAGACGAGGACCCCUUGGAGAAAAGGGUGCUGCAGGAGCUCCUGGUGAUCCUGGUGUGUCAGGAAGUACUGGUGCUUCAGGUCCUCAGGGUCCCAGAGGGGUCAGAGGUCAACCUGGACCAAGAGGGAUCCCUGGACUUCCUGGGCCACAGGGAGGACCGGGCUCAGCGGGAGGGGCGGGCUCCACGGGAAGACGCGGUGGUCACGGUCAGAAGGGACAACCUGGAGAUCCAGGCGUGCGAGGAGUGCAAGGGACGCUGGGACCACGUGGCACGCCGGGUCAGGAUGGCAGAGAUGGAUAUGGACCAGCUGGACCCAAAGGGAUCAAGGGAGAUCCAGGCUUCCCCGGUUAUCCCGGUUUAGUGGGUGAGAGCGGCCUGCAGGGUCCUAAAGGUCUCCCGGGGCGCAAAGGCAACCAAGGUCGCGGGGGCAACUCAGGUCGCACUGGACAGGCGGGUCAACCUGGAGAGCCCGGCUACGAGGGACACAAGGGCCCACGAGGUCCCGCCGGGGGUAAAGGGAAGACGGAAUGCGAACUGAUCACGUUCAUCCGAGACAACUGUGCUUGCUCCAUGGACUUGGGCUCUUGCCCGGCUCUCCCGACGGAGCUGGUGGUGGCGCUGGACAUGUCCGAGGAUGUUACGCCAGCGGCGUUCGAGCGCCAGCGUGCGGCCCUGCUGUCCCUCCUGGAGGACAUCACCGUGGCGGAGAGCAACUGCCCCACGGGGGCCCGCGUGGCCGUGGUGGCCUACAGUGCUCACACCAAAUACUUGGUCCGCUUCCACGACUACCGGCGCAAGACGCAGCUGCUGGAUGCCGUGAGGAACGUGGCCCUGGAGCGCACAUCCAACCGGCGGCAGCUGGGCGCCGCCAUGCGUUUCGUGGCGCACAACGUGCUCAAGCGCGUGCGGUCGGGCGCCAUGAUGAGAAAGGUGGCCGUGUUCUUCUCCAACGGGCCGUCGCAAGACAUCAGCGACGUGGUGACGGCCAUCAUGGAGUACCGCGCCCUCAACGUGGUGCCGGCCGUCAUCUCCACGAGGAAUGCGCCCGCCAUCAGCCGCGCCAUGGAGCUGGACGACACGGGAAACUCCAUCUUCACCGUGCUGGGGAGGGACGCCACUGCUGACCUGAGGAAGGUGAAGAACUGCGCCAUCUGUUACGACCCGUGCCGGCGUUCGCAGGAGUGCGCGUUUGUCCUGGAGUCGCCGCCGCCGCAGCAAGUGGACGCGGAUGUGGUGAUGCUGGUGGACGGCUCGCGCGAAAUCCAGGCCGACGAGUACGCCGGCGCGCAGCAGCUCUUGGGCUCCGUGGUGGAGCAACUAGCCAUCAGCCCCCAGCCCGGCCGGGCCGACGCCCGCGCCCGCGUGGCCGUGGUACAGCAGAGCGGCGCCCGUGACACCAAGCUGGAGUUCGGCCUGCGGGCUUACCAGGAAGGGCGGCUCAUGAGGUCGCACCUGCUGAGCAACAUGCGCCAAGAGGGAGGAUCCUCGGCUCUGGGGCACGCCCUGAACCUCGGCCUGAGGGAGGCGAUGACGGAUGGCAGCCCCCGCAGGAGGAAGGUGGUGCUGGCGGUGGUGGGCACCAGGACGGCGCCCGAGGACCGCCAAGUGCUUCGCGCCGCCGCUCUGAAGGCCAAAUGUCAGGGGGUGGCGCUGUUCGUUGUGACGGUGGGCGAGCGCUACGACCGCGAGCAAGUGGAGGACUUGGCCAGCGAGCCCAGGCAGCAGCACCUGCUGCACUUGGGACGACUUCAGCAGGAAGAACAGGACUACGUGCGGAGGUUCUUCAGGGUCUUCAUGGCCGCGUUAGACAAGGGCUUCACCACAUACCCACCGCCGUCUUUCAAGCGGAUCUGCCAGCAGAUGGAUCAAGAUGGCGGACAGAUCUUCCUUAAUGGUCAAGGGCAGGCGCAGGUGUUUGCCGACCAGCCGCGGGGAGGGCCAGGCGGCCAUUUGCAGGAGCAAACCGGACAGACGGACGUCGUUCAUAUGUUGAGCCCAGAAGAAGAUGACACGCCAAUGCCGCGGUCGACUGAUGCCAGCUCCACAGACCCCUGCCUGCUGGGCGAGGACGCGGGCGACUGCCGGGACUACGCCAUGAUGUGGUUCUACGACAGCGAGCAGCGGCAGUGCAAGCGCUUCUGGUAUGGCGGAUGCGGCGGAAACGCCAACCGCUUCAGCACCAUGGAGGCCUGCCAGGACGCCUGUGUGGCCUGAAGGGGGCGCCACAUCUGAAUGUGACUUUUUAACUUGAAACCUUCUCGACUUGAUUGUUAUUUUUUAGGUGCUCAUGUCACAUGACCAACAUUCAUUUCUUCAUUGAUUUUUUUUUUUAAACGUACGCUAAUGUUUGGCCAAUUUGCAUUCCAAAACAUUCCAGAAAAUUCGGAGUUUUCAAACAGAGAUUAAACUUGACGUCAUAAAUUUUUAGCAUUAAUAAUUACAGUAUACCCGUUUAUCAUGUAACAUCCAGAAAAGAUGAACAGUGCAAAAAAAAACAGUGCAAACGUUUUUCUUUCAUUGCAUCUCUUCCAGUGGAGCUCAGUGCUGCCCCAUAUUGUUGUGGCACAACGUGGUACUACACUAUACUCAAUGUGGACUCUCCUGUAUAUUGGGGGAAAAAAAAAAAAAAAAUCUUCAGAAUCUGUGUUGUAGCAGGGCUGCAAUUGAUGGACCAGGAUAUAGCCAGGAUUCAUGGUGUAAUUUAAUUCUGACAAUGUCACACAAAAAUAC